CUUCACCCCACCCCACCUCUCUCUUUCUCACCCCCUCCUCUCUUCCCCCUCUCUUUCCUUGCCUUCGCUGUGUGUGGGGCACCUCCAGUGGACUUCCAGGACUCGGCUCCAGGACUCUGCUCAGAUUUGGGCCUAAAAGCGGAUUAUCCUUGGGGUUCUGGGACAGGGUGGACCAUGACUCCGUCUGGGACUACUCUGGUCCUACUUUUACUGCAGUUUGUGCUCAUUUGUACCGCUCAGAGGGGUCCUGUCGGCCCCAGAGGUCUCCCGGGACCCCCAGGACCAGCCGGAGUCCCUGGAGUCGACGGCAUUGAUGGCGACAGAGGAGUAGACUCCACAGUAGAUGGUGGGCCAGGCCCUGAUGGUGACAAUGGUAAAGACGGAGCAGAUGGAGCUCCAGGACUUGCAGGAGCUGACGGACCAGUGGGACCUCCUGGAGAUCCUGGACCAGUUGGACCUCCAGGACCAAAAGGGGAUCCCGGCGCCCAGGGCCCUCCUGGAGAACCAGGAGUUGGCCCUGAUGGACUUGAUGGUAUUCCAGGCACAGAUGGACUCCCAGGUGAACUUGGGAAAGUUGGACCUCCUGGUGCCAGAGGAAAGAGGGGACCAGUGGGUCUUCCAGGUCCAGCUGGGCCUCGGGGGCCUCCAGGAGUCUACCAGGGAGAGGAGCUGUGUCCAAACGCCUGCCCCUCUGGUCUGCACGGACACUCUGGGCUACCAGGGAUGAAGGGUCACAAAGGGGUCAAAGGUGAAUCUGGUGAACCCGGGAGACAAGGACAUAAGGGAGAGGAGGGAGACCAAGGAGCACCAGGAGAAGUUGGAACCCAAGGAUUACCAGGCCCAGGAGGACCUCGGGGAUAUCCAGGAAUUAUGGGCUCCAAAGGUGACAGGGGGCCAAGAGGUAAAUUUGGAGAUAUUGGUCCUCGUGGGAUUGCAGGAGCUCCAGGAGAUCCCGGUCAAAGAGGAAGCAUUGGAGAAACAGGGCACAUUGGAGCUGUGGGUGACUCUGGUCCUGCUGGGAUCAGAGGAGUUCCUGGACCAAAAGGAGAAACAGGUCUCGCUGGUCCUGAUGGAAGAGAGGGAAUUCCUGGACUGCCUGGAUCCAAGGGUCUUCCAGGAAAGAACGGAGCUCCAGGAGAUGCUGGACCUCAGGGACUUCCUGGUUUACCAGGAGCUUUUGGCAUGAAAGGACACCAAGGACCAAAGGGAGGAACAGGAGACCCAGGAGUGGCUGGGAUGAUGGGGUCACCAGGGAAACAGGGUGAGCGAGGAGAACAAGGAGAGGUCGGACCGCCUGGGCCCAGAGGAGGACCAGGUGAACGAGGAGUACGAGGACCUGACGGGCCAAUUGGACUACCAGGAGCCAGGGGGCCCAAAGGAGAUCCUGGGUACCCAGGAUUGCCAGGACCAGCCGGGUACAGAGGGCAGAAAGGAGACAGAGGAGGAGUUGGACUUGAUGGGCCAAAAGGAGAGCAGGGACCUCCAGGAGAAGAGGGGACGGCUGGAGAGAGAGGAGACCUGGGCGACGAAGGUGAACAAGGAGAGAAAGGAUCGACUGGUCCACCUGGAGAGACAGGAAACAAAGGCUCUGAAGGCGGCCGUGGCAUCCAGGGGAAGGAGGGCAAGGCUGGGCAGCCCGGACCCAGAGGCAUGCAGGGAGACAUGGGAGUACCAGGCCUACCUGGAAUACAGGGACCAGCGGGGAAAACACCCACAGAUGAGCACAUCAAACAAGUCUGCACAAGAGUGAUGCAAGAGCAGCUGGCCCAGUUGGCAGCCAGCCUGAGUCGGCCUGAGUCUGGGAUCGCUGGUCUGCCUGGUCCCCCCGGCCCUCCAGGACCUCCAGGACCCACUGGAGAGAACGGCUUCCCCGGACACACGGGCUCCAGAGGGCUACCUGGGCUCAAGGGACCCCCGGGGCUGCUUGGGCGCAAGGGACCCAAAGGUGACCAGGGAGACAGAGGAGAGAGGGGUCCCACAACCAGAGGACAGAAAGGGGCACCAGGAGCCACAGGACUCCCAGGUGAGCCGGGCAGAGCAGCAUAUGGCACAGAUGGUCGUGAUGGUGAAAGAGGACCUCGGGGGGCUCCAGGCAUUGCUGGGGUACCAGGUCUCCCCGGUUCUGCAGGCCUCCCCGGGUACUGUGAACCCUCACAGUGUACCCUGCCCGAAGUACCAUCAGGAUUCGCUACCAAAGACACAGGGACCAAAGGCCCCAGUGAAAUGUGAGGGACUGAAGAAGGAAACUGGACUUUCAAAUCAACCAGGAGAAAGAACUAGCGUUUUAAUAAUGUUGCUUUGGUCAUCAGUCUUUGCACAGUUUUUAAACAGUGAUGCAUACUGAGUUUGGCAAUAGAAAUAACACAAAAUUGCAGAGCUAAGGAAGAACAAUUUAUUGUUGUCAGAGAGUAAUGAUUUCUUUCUACCAGAUGGGGGCAGCUUUCCUCUAUCCAUUAUGGUAAUGUUGUAAGAAAUAUCUAAAAGGAAACUCCACAAAUGUUUGAUAAUUUUAUUAGUGACAAGGUCUAUUUUAUUGGCAUAUUGAUCUAUAAACAGCACAAAAUCAGCUGAUUACCAGGACAUUUUGCCUCCUCGCUCUCUCAAUUAUACUGAUAAAAAGUCCUUCACUUUCACCACAACUUAUGUUUUGAUUAAAGAUUCCAACUACGCUAAUUUACCGUCAUGAAACACUGAACUUUGCUUCUCUCCUUUUGUCUUUGUUUCUGUUUUCAGUGUUCACAAAUCUAACCAGCACUUAAAUAGACAAUUUUACUUGCUCGCCUAUUAUUU